AUGAAGACCUUGGACUCCAAUCAGACUGAACGUGAUACUAACGAACAUCAUAUUCCCCCAUUCUCCGCUUCCUUCACUGAUGAAAAACUUGCCGUCACCCGCUCGAUUUACCUCAAGGUUUUCAUAGGCGGUGUGCUUUCCGUCACGAUUGCAAUGUUCGCCGUAUUCUCCAUUUUUUGGGGAGCUUUCUGGAAGACGCCAUCACAUAGUUUACACGGCUGGGUCGUUGACUUUGACCAGUCCACUGUAGGAAACGUCAUUUCUGAGACACUUUUGGCAUCCUCCCCUUCAACAAGAAUACAAUGGUUGUCGGUAUCUGCCUCCGUAUUUCCUGGUGGUGUUGGUGAUGUCAUGCAGAAAGUUUUUGAGGAAAAGACUUGGGUUGCGGUAGUAAUCAACCCUGGUGCUACGAACGGCCUUAACUUAGCAGCCACAUCCGCCGAUCCUAGCUACAAUGGAUCUCUAGCAGUCACCGUAUAUGCAGAGGAAGCCAGAAACGAAAAUGCCUUCCGCUCAGUAAUUCGACCCACCGUUGAGGGAGUUCUUGAAACAAUCGCCGAACGAUUUGCUCAGCAGUUCGCUCAGAAAACAGCGUCUUCAUCUUCGAACCUGCAGGAUUUGUUGACCAAUGCGCCACAAGUGAUCACCAGGCCGAUUGGUUACACUAUAAACAACACGAGACCGUUCGAUAUUCCUGUUGCCACUGCAAUCACAUUUGUUGGCUUAAUUUACCUUCUCAUCCUGACUUUCUUCAUCGUGAUGAUUGGCUUAUCCGCUCGCGAAAUCUCCGGCCUUGAAAACUAUAUAACUACCGCCUCACUCAUCCGCCUACGCCUUGCAACGAUUUUCGGCGCAUACUUCUUUCUCUCCCUCUUCUACUCUCUCUUGAGCUUGGCAUUUCAGGUAGAUUUCACGAGGAAGUUCGGCCAUGCAGGCUUCGUGGUAUUUUGGAUGGUUAACUUCGCUGGCAUGCUGUCCGUAGGUCUUGCAUUGGAGGCGAUGAUCACGCUUUUGACUGUGAAAGGUGUACCGUUCUUCCUGAUUCUAUGGAUCAUUGCGAACGUCUCUGUUUGUCUCUUGCCCAUGGAUGUUCUCCCUUGGAUCUUCCACUACGGAUACGCUUCCCCGUUCUACAACGUUUCUCGAGCAGUUCGCACGAUUUUGUUCGACACUCGGAAUAACCUUGGCCUCAACUUCGGCGUCCUGAUUGCUUGGGUGGUGAUUUCUUGCAUAACGCUACCUCUAUUCCAAUGGUUCAUGAGGCGAAGGCAUAUCAGUGAAGUGAAACGCGACGACAACUGA